GCAGCGAACUGCCUUGGAGGAGGCGUGAGUUUCGACGACCUCCUCUGGGCCAGGUGCCUUUUCGACAGCCGCGCGGUGUCGCUAGAAAUCAAGGCAGCUGGCCCACACAUCGCCGGUGUGUUCAAGCAGUUUCCUUCCCGUGUCGUCUGCCUCGCCCCUGAGGUGGACCUGCUCAACCACAGCUCCUCAGGAGCCUGUGCACCGCCUUACUUCGACAACCAGCGGCGCGCGCUGGUCGUCGAGCUGGCAGCACCGGUUCGCAGGGGUUCAGAGGUCUGCCUUUCCUAUGGCCCUCUGCAGAGCUGGGAGCUCCUCUUCUACUACGGCUUCUGCCCAGAGGCCAACCCCCACGAUCGGUUUAUCAUCAACGUAGACCUGCCCGAUGACGAAGGCAUCGCUGAGAAGGAGGUGGUGUUGCAACUGCAGGGCAUCCCCACCGAGUUGGCCUUGCGACCCGGCCCUGUCCAGGUCGCCGAGUCCUGGGCUUCCCUGGGCACCUUGCCUCCCCAGCUGCUGAGGUGUUUUCGCGUGCUGCUGGGGGAGAUUCAUUGCCUGGAUGUCGACGCUGCCCCUGGAGAUGGGGCGAUGUUGGAGCUGGACCUACAAUGCUUGGAGGCGAUCGAGGACCUGCUGGUCAGCUUGCUGGAGCCGUUGCUGACAGCAGUGCCAGGAGGAGGGGAGCCACCCUUCUGGUGGCCUCUGUAUGGCCAUCGGAUCCAG